UGUGCUCCAGAACCCAUCUGCAUUGCACUGUGAUGAUCAAGACAACAGCAGCACAUGUGCCAAACUGAAGUUGACAGAGCACACUGGAUAUUCAAAGUGUUUGGAGCGCAUGUCAGUUGCAUUGUUUAAAGUGCACUUCAACUGUGUUCAGAGGGAACGGAACCGAGAUGGAAAGCCUGCAUUUGAUCAUCAGUUCUUUUCCAAAAUGUCACCCCACCCAUCUCACUUCAGCUUCUUAACAUACCAGGGAAAAAGCCACAGAGAAGAACUAUAGCCUUCAUUGCAAAACAAAAAACCCCCCUUUUUCCUUCAGUGGAGCAACACUCACUCAGCUGUGUCAAAUUACACAUAGCCAGUAAAACUAUGCUUAACAAUUAGUUUCAGACUGAGUUUGGUUGUUAUCUUUGCAUCAUCACUGCAUUUUGCAGUAUUUUAGCUUAAAAAGUACAUAGACUAUAUCUUCCAUCCCCUUAUGUUAGCUACUUUAUUUUGUAAAAUCAGCUGAGUCAAAUGUGUGACUGCGCCUGAGGUUUAAGUGACUGAGUUCUGAAAUUUGAGCGUGAGCUUGCUUUCAUUCCCAUCUGUACAAGAUCAAAGAAAGAACUUGAAGAGCAAUUCCAAAACCUGAAAACUUCCUGCUGGAUCUGGGAUCAGAUCUCCAGCCAUGAAACGCCCAAAACAAUGAUCACAUCCUUGAUUAAGAUCAAAGUUCUGGGGCUACAGAUUUAGAGCAACAUAAAAGAGGAAAACAAUGAGGGAUGAUGCUGAAUCUCAGCAGAGAGAAGAGCGAUUGAGCGCGCUUUCUUUCCAUUACCCAAGACCAAAGCCCCGUCCAUCUGUAGCUCCAGAGAACCAUCCAACAACCAAGAAACCUCCUGUAAAACCCCGGCGGAGCAUCAAGUGUCGUCCCACAGCACAACAGGGCCAGCAGAAGGAAAAUGAGACGACAGUGAAGAGGAUGGAUCCUGCUCUGGUUUUGGGUCCCGUGAGGCCCCUGGAGGCUCUGACUCCAUCUCUGCGCGCUCACACUCUGCUGUGGUUUGAAAGAAUGCAGCUGCCGCGACUGCACAGGCCCGGACAGCCUCUUCCCCGCUGGCUCCAUGGUUUCGCUACACGCAGGGAAGCGGAACAGCUGUUGCAGGAUAAGCCACAAGGCUGUUUCCUGUUGAGGCUGAGCGAGUCAAAGAUUGGCUUUGUGCUGUCUUACAGAGGAGAAGACCGGUGUCGUCAUUUCAUAAUUGAAGAGGAGGAGUAUGGAUCAUCUGGUAGUGUAUAUCUAAUUGCUGGAGAACACAGCCGGCAUAGAAGCUUGGACGACCUAAUCAGCUACUACACCCAUAAUCCUGUGGGGCCUUUUAAUGAGAUGUUGACUGUACCUUGUAUUCAGCCAGAUGGGGGUUUUGCGGAAAUUAAUGGGUGGCGGGUAAAGGAUGAGGAAGAAGAGAGAAAUGGAAAAGCAAUAGAUCGAGAGGAACAGACAAAACUGCCCAUGGCCAUCGGUCCAGCUGUUGUGGAUUCAUUACCCACAAACCCCUCCAAACAGACCGCUUCUGCUACAGAAGAGCCUGUUCAGUAUGCAGCCGUGAGAAAGCCACUAAAACAGACGCACUCGAUGCCAGAAUGCAGGUGUGGAAGUGAAACAGCGCCUACUGGGCUAGAAAAUGGAAGUCCUGAGGUUGCUGAAAACCCCUCAAAUCUUAAUCUAACAGGGGAUCAUCUUUCUCCUGUGGAUGUCCAGUAUGCUCGAGUUAACAAACCGCCAAGAGCACUAUCGGAAAAUACCCCCAACGUCAGUGCCCAACCUGACCUCCAGGGAGCAACAGCAGCCUUUACCCCUCCAUCCAUCCCAAACUUUGACACAACAGCAGCAGACCCGAAAUACUGGAAACUGGAGCCCAUGCACACUUAUGAAGAACCCCCCCACACACGCAGUCGUCCAGAAGAGAUUGACUGCUAUGCUGUGGGGUGGAGGAGGCAGGCGGCAGGGGAUGGAGUGAACCUUCCAAGGAAUCAUCUAUAUUCAGAGGUGAACAUCAGGGGUGCCCAAGAUGGCUUUGCUGUACCAAGACCCGAGCCUAGUCUUCCUCUAAGACCACCCCCAAGAUCUGCUCAUGGUCCUAUGCAACCAGAGCUCAGAGGGCAGAGUUUUGGCGUGUCCCCACUGAUGACUCCACCUCAACACUCUGGUUUUCAUCAUUCAGAGCAGCCAAAUCUGAAUGCUUCCUCCAGCUCCAUUUAUGAGCAGAUUCCAGAAAGACCGACCAGCUCUAGAGCUUGUCUGCCCCCACCAAUUCACAAACGCUGACCUCAGGAUUAUGUAGACCUUUGACCUCACCAAAAGAUUGUUUCAUUUGUAAAUACUCUUUAUAACGA